AUGGCUGAAAUGCACACUCCGUAUUCUUCCUUGAAGAAGCUAUUAUUUUUCCUCAACGGCCUCGUGGGUAUGUCCGGCGUGCUCCUCAUUGGCCUGGGCACCUGGGUCAAUGGAGGGUCCGCCCUGACGAGGGUCCUUGGGUUGUCCUCUGCAUACCUCCUUCACAUUGGCUACCUGUGUUUGGCGAUGGGGUGUAUCACGGUGCUGCUUGGCUUUGCUGGGUGGUAUGGAGCUACUAAAGAAAACAGAGGCAUUCUUUUGUUUUGUUUCCUGUCCCUGGUUGUCAUCGUCCUUGUGGAAAUCACAGUCGCCACAGUGAUCCUUGCUUUCUUCCCAAUUGUUCAAGACAUGGCCUUCGAGCACAUCCUCAUGACCCUGAGGAAGAAUUACAGGGGUUACAACGAGCCAGAUGACUAUUCCACAGAAUGGAACUCUGCCAUGGCGAAGCUAAGGUGCUGUGGGGUGAAUAAUUACACAGAUUUUUCUGGCUCCUCUUUUGAAAUGACAAGCGGCCACACCUACCCCCGGAGCUGCUGUAAAUCCAUCCGGACCGCAGCCUGUGACGGGCGCAACGAGUCCAGAGAUGUCAUCCACCAGGAGGGCUGUUUCCUCAAGCUCAUGAGAAUAACCAAGAUUCAGAGCUUCACCCUGAGUGGGGGUUCGCUGGGGGCAGUGGCGAUACAGCUGCCAGGAAUUCUCACCACCUUGCUGCUGUUCGCCAAGCUGGGCUGACAUGCAGACCUGGGGAGCAUAGGGCAGCUGGUCUGAGCUGGCUGCUGUAGAGUUUGGUCUCAUUUUUAUUUCUCUGUGGCUCUCAUCGCUAAGGGCAGCCGAUAAUAAAAGAUUUGGGAAACCCUGUCCAUCUUGACUCUUUGCUCCUUAAUUUUACUUUUCAUACCAAUCAAACACCUUCGUGUCAUGGCACCGCCUUUUUUCUCACACAACUUUGUUGUUUUAUAAAAAAUUUUUUGUGUAAAACCUAAAACAUUCACAAAAGUUGAGAGAAGCCAUCCAAAGAAACUCCCAUAAGCUCAUCACCAAGAUAUAACAAUCACCCAAGAUUUUGACAUAUUUGUUCCAUCUCUUCCCUUUUUUCCCUGGAGGAAAUGUUUUAUAACCAAUCCCAGACAGUAUGUCAUUUCCCCCGCUUUCAUACUUCAGUACACAUCUCUUAUAAUAAUAAUAUUUGUGUUUGUAGCCAUAACAUCAUUAUCACAAUAAGAAAAUUAACAGCCAUUCCUUAGCAUCACCUAACACCUGGGCCAUCACCAAAUUUUCCCAUUUGGCUCAGAAAUGUGGUUUUUUAUUUGAGUUCUUUGAAUCGGGAUCCAAACAAGGUCCACACCAUGUCUGGUUGUCAUAUCUCUUAAACCAAAACCAAAACCAUUCCUGCUGAGUCAAUUC